AGACUGUAAUAACACGAAAAUUUGAGGCACAUCGAAAGUUUAAGACAUUUAAAUCAAAUUACGUUUCUUUUCUGUUGUUUCUGUUUUUCUGCUGCUUUUGCACUAAAGUCAUUUUUAACAUACUGCGGUCUGCGCAUUGACGAUUAAACAUAGUAAGCAUGGGUGAUGAUGGCGAUGAUGCGACGACUCGACCCGACGAGUACGAGCAUCAUCCGCAAUCAGGUAUUAUAUACAUAGUUAGUAAUAUACCAGGUCCAGGUAGUCAGCCGGAUGACUUUGAAAUGCAAUUUUCGGUCGGCUGUGAUUGUGAUCAAGAAUGUAAAAAUAAUCAUUGCUCUUGUAUUCGAGGAACUCCAAAUUACGUCGACGCCCGAUUAUCCACGGAAAAUUCUAAUUCGAUAAUUGAGUGUAAUUUUAACUGUACGUGUCAUCGGAAUUGUGGCAACCGAUUAGUACAGUAUGGUCCGGUUGACAGUCUGGUGGUAAAAAAUGCAAUUAAUAGUGCCGUUGGUCUUGGUCUUUUCACUAUGAAACGCAUUAAAAGAAACCAAUUUAUUUGCGAGUAUGCUGGCGAAGUUAUUGGAAUUGACGAAGCUCAGAGGAGAUUAGAAGCUAACAAAAUCAAUGGAAGCAUGAACUACGUUCUCGUUGUUUCGGAAUACGUAGGGGAUAAAAAAAUAACCACAUGCUUGGAUCCUGCAAAGUUUGGAAGCAUAGGACGUUACGCGAAUCAUAGUUGUCAACCCAAUGCAGCGCUUGUACCUGUUAGAGUUGACAUAACGAUACCAAAACUUUGCUUGUUUGCAUUAAGAGACAUCGAACCUGAGGAAGAAAUUACUUUCAAUUAUGCAGGCGACACAUCCGUCCACAAUUUGAGCGAGACGCCGUGUUUGUGUGGCAAUUCUUCUUGCCUUGGAUAUUUGCCACAUAGCACUGUAUGAAAAAAUGUUCAGAAACUGAUCAAUUAUUGAGUUUAAGAACGAUCUUUAUUUUAUGUAUUUAAAAUUUUAUCAACCGCUCCCCGAUGUCGGCUCACUUUUACCUCAACUAUUUUAAUGUAAGCUCAUGGUUUUUGUCUAAAAAUUUGUAAAAAAUUCGUGAUGGCUUUUACUAAGGAUUACUUUAUUUGUAU